UAGAUAACAAUCCCAUGAACGUGUUACUUUAUCGGGGAGAGUCCUCUACGACAACAUGGCCCAGCCGUUUACUCUUCUUUUACCUGGCCUUAUAUGUUUUAUGCAGAUGAAUCAAGUGAUACCAACGAUAUGCCACGGAUGUAAUACGGACCAGGAUUGUUCUGGGAGAUAUUGUCUUUCAUCACAGCAGUAUGUGAUUUGUAAAUACCGCACCGAUCUGUUUUUCAGGGAACAUUGCUGCGUUUGCACAAGUGAGACAUGUUCUAGUGAUUCCGACUGUUCUACCCAUACAUGUCGCAGCGGGUACGUGUCUAAGUGUAACUCCAACCAUCAGUGUCACUGCAGUCUCAGGAAUCACUGCUCAACUGUAUCAGACUGUGCCAAUCACACUUGUCUCCAUGGUUACCAGGUUACCUGUUCUCAACAUACGUGUACAUGUCAGAGGGCAACGCACGUUUCCACAUGUUCAAGUGACGGUGAUUGUUCUGAUAACGUGUGUGCAAGGAGAACCGUGCCCUACUGCAGAACCGUAUUAUUGGAUGGACAAUGUGAUUGUACAGAGUGCCGUUUGGAUAGUGAUUGUCACCAGGUCUGUAGACAUGGAUACACCAGGAAAUGCCUGAGAAACACUUGUGAAUGUUCGCACGACGGUGUCUCUACACACUGCUCUAAGAACAGCGAAUGCGCAAGUCACCACUGCACUUCCGGUUAUACUUCUGUAUGUUCGUUGUCGUCUCACUCUUGCAAAUGUGAACCCAUAUGUAAUAACCACACUGACUGUGCACAUAUGUUAUGUCACAGAGCUGACCCUGUUUGUAUGCCAGCCCAGAACAACUCUAAAACAUGCAUCUGCAAAACUUCCUGUUCACAACAUAACGAAUGCGCAAACCAUCGCUGUUCCUCGUUUUAUCGACCAAUUUGUAACUCCGGACAAUGUAUAUGUAGGCACCGUUGCACGGGGGAUUCAUACUGUUCCAUACAUUUCCAUUGUAGCAGAGGAAAGAAGCCACAUUGUUCCUCUUAUUUAGGGAAUGCCUGUGUUUGUGAAGAGUGUGCUUAUGAUACAGAGUGCUCUCGACUUCAGUGUGCUUCCGGUUAUUCGGCAAAGUGCGCUAACAAUACUUGUGCUUGUAAAGCGAAUCCUGUGGAUGGUGGAUGGUCGAACUGGGGACCAUGGUCAUUUUGCAGUGUUACUUGCGGGAGUGGAAAUCAAACACGUGUACGUUCCUGUACGCACCCAGCACCCAUACAUGGUGGGAAAACGUGCACAGGAGAUUCCGUUCGAAUAAAUCAAUGCAAUAAUAAUUCCUGUCAAGUGGAUGGUGGAUGGUCAAGUUGGAUGCCAUGGUCCACUUGUUCAGUAUCAUGUGGAAGUGGAGUACAGACACGCGCUCACUCGUGUAAUAACCCUACUCCUAUCAAUGGUGGAAGAAACUGCGUUGGAGACCUCUAUACCACACGAACCUGUGCCACAGUACCUUGUACAGGAUUAGUGUGUCCAACCUGUGAUGAGAAUCUAAGUUGUACUUUCAACAACACAUGUGAUGCCACAGAAACAUGCAUGAUCCGAUCGUAUCACCAUACUAAAUUUACCGUCCAUUGCUCAAAGAAAGAAGAUUGCUCCUUUGAAAAAUCUAUUCUGCCUACGAGUGAAAUAUUUUGUUGUGAUGAUCGUGACUGCAUUCGGCGAUAUCUUGGAGUUUGAAAGUAUUAAUAAACCACAAAAAUAUGGUAUAUUA